GCUCAACUCAUCCACCUUCUUUCGUCUUUUCUUUUCCUUUCCCUCCUUUUCUUCUAGCCGGACGAACACAAAUCCUUCCUUUGCUCGAGGGAACGCUGCACUUCCCAGCCACCGGAAAACCCCGGGUUUUGCGAAUCCAUACGGCGCGCGGUUCGCCUCAGGUGUAUCAUGACUACCCCUACAAGCAAUCCGAAUUCACGGACGCCAGCUGGCUCAAGUGGUGCUCCACCAAUGAGGAUCCGUCGCCCAAGGGUGGCAGAUCCUCUCGUACGGCCGAGGAAGAAGCCUACUGUUACCAAGCCAGCUGGGAAUGGUCCACUCUCGAAACCAUUUCCGGCGCGAGCAACUGGAUCUAUUCCCCCACCUGCCACUCACACUGACAAGGGCAAGCCCCAGCCUCCAUCAAACACUCUGUCGGCGAAUGGAUUCAGCGGUCCUCUGUUAUCCGAGACCUACAAAGAUUAUCCCCUUGUCACUACCAAGCGAGCAUUCCGAGAGGGCCUAAAGCACCAUAUUGCCAGAUUCGCGUCGAAGAAGACGGUUGACCCCCGCGAUGAAACCCAGUUUACCCGACCUGUUCGGCUUCAGCGCCGUGAUCCACGGGCAAAGUCACAUGCGGUAGGCGCGGACAAGGGCAUGCAAAGAGGUCCUGUUGAGUUCGGCAACCAAGUGGAUGAUGCCGAACGUGAAGAGCUGGAGGCUAGGAAAGCGGCGCGAGAGAAAGAACGUGCCGAAAACCUGGCCCAAAUAGCGCCCUCUAUUGGAUCUACGGCGAAGAGAGCGAACGCCCCCAAACAGAAGACACAACAGGUUUCAAAAACAGACAUGACUCCUGAAGAGAUAGCCAGGACACGAAUCAAGUACGAAGAGGCAUUGCCGUGGCACUUGGAGGAUUUUGACAACAAAAACAUCUGGGUCGGUAACUAUGAGGCCGCCUUAUCAGAAACCCACGCAAUAUUCGUGCCGGACGCUGGAAAAAUGAGAAUGAUACCAGUUGAGAAGUGGUACAGAUUUAGUGCCAAAAACCAAUUUAAGGCUCUUACCAUAGAGGAGGCGGAGAAAUUUAUGGCGAAGAAGGUGAAAGAUCCGAGAUGGUUUAUGGAGAAGCAGCAGGAGCAAGCUCAGCGAAAGGAAUUGGAGCAAUUCGCCAAGCAGCGGAAAGUAUACGCUGGCAAACAAGGCACCACAGGUGGCGCCGAAGGCUUAGAAGCUGGUGAGAUGGAUUUCGAAGAAGACAGGUUUGCUGACGAUGAGGAGCAUGAUGAUUUAUUCAACGAGGAUGAGGAAGCGAAGGCUGCCGAAAAAAGAAUCAAACAGGAUCAACUGAAGGCCAACGUGUUUGAUUUGAAACAAGAAAAGGAAUACGAAGAAGAGGAAUUGCGAGAGAGGAAGGAAAAAGAGGCUCGCCGAGUCCAGGGUAAGAAAGUCAGGAAAGCACUGCAGAAGAGAGAAAAGAACUACGACUAUAGCAGUGGGUCUGAUGUUAACCCCUACUCCGAUGAGGAGAGCACCGAUGAAAGUGAAGCCGAGCGGGUUAAGGAGGAAGAGCGAAAGGCCGAGGAGGAGAAGAACAAAAAGGAUCCCGCGACUUCUUCAAAGGGUGGAAACACACCAUCAGGUCGCCCCAAGCAUGCUGACCCUCUCAAGAAAGGCUCAGCUACUGCGACACGGAGACGACUCGGGUCACCCAACGUUUCUGACGCGAGUGGGACGGAUACUUCGCGCAAAAAGGGGAAAUCCAAGCAUGCUCAGCCUACACCUCAGCCUAGUUCUCGCCCCAUGUCUCCAAUGGCAUCGUCGACCGCCCCUGUUAGCAAGAAGCGUGUUCGAAACGGACCAGGCGGUGGCGCUGGAUCCACCAGCGAUGUAGACCCCGGUGCAGGCUCGGGAGCUGAGAUGAGCGAAAGUGGAAAGACUAAGAAACUUAAGCUUAAUCCUCCCUCUCUGGCCUCUCGUGGUGGAACACCACAGGGGUCGCGAGCAUCCAGUCCAACACCUCUGGCUAACCGAAGUUUCUCGGGAAGUCGGGUUAGUAGUCCAGAACCACUAAAAGGUCAAAUUCGCGUGUCUACUCCGGGGCUUUCGAAUAGUCAAGCCUUUCCCUCACCUGCAGAGAUCCAUGCCGCUAUCCCACAAUCUGGCAUUUUGAGCAGCGACCUGCUGAAGAUAUUCCGCCCUCGCAUUGGAGAUUCCAAGGAAAAUCACCGGCGAUUUAUAGCGAUUGUGAAGGAUGUCGGUGUUUAUGGAAAAGAGGAUCGUCUUUUACGGCCCGGUGCUCUGAAAGAAGGUGGAGAAUAAAGGUCAAAUCGCGUCAAUGCUGCUCAUCCUUGAGAUACCUAGAAUGCUUUGUUUUCGAUUUUCGUUCGCCCACCCCCAAAUGAGGAUUGUGGUAAAGUGACCUUUGGUCUGGAAGAAUUAAUGUAAAUUGAAUAGUGAAAUUGAAAUGUAAAAACACUUCUCAACACCGGGCGCUAAGACAAAGUAUUUUAUAGCAAACAUG